AAAAUUCCCAAGCCCGCCUUUCCCUCCCGGAUUUUGAGCGAAUCAUCAUCAGACAUGGCCAGCUAGCCCGCACUCGUAAAUGACGGUGGAGAUGGGUGGGCCGUAUACCGAAGGGGUUCCAGUUUCCCUUUAAAAUCCCGUCUCGUGCAAACCCUAGUUCCCCCUCUCUUUCGCCCGCCAUCGCCUCCUUUCCGCCCUCCCUGAACCCUUCCAAAACCCUACUGUUCCUCCUCUGCUCUCGUAUCGAUCGACAUGGAGUUCUGGGGUGUGGAAGUUAAGCCUGGUGAGAUUGUUAAGUGUGAUCCUGGAGAGGAUAAAUAUUUGCAUCUUUCUCAGGCAUCACUUGGGGAAGUAAAGAAGGACAAGGGAAAUGAGAAUGUACCUAUCUUUGUGAAAUUCAAUGAUCAAAAAUUAGUCCUUGGAACUCUUUCUGCAGAGAAAUGUGCUCAAAUUUCAUAUGAUUUAGUAUUUGAGAAGGAAUUUGAAUUAUCUCACAGCUCCAAGAAUGUGAGUGUCUAUUUCUGUGGCUAUAAGACUGUUGUUGCAGAUGAUGAUGAAGCUGAUGACUUUCCAGAUGGUGACUUUGAUUCUGAUGAGGAUAUUCAAGUAGCACAGAAGGUUAAUGGCAAAACUGAGGUUAAAGAUGAGCAGGCAAAGCCUUCAACUGGAAAGGUCAGUGUUAAGGCAGAUGCUUCAGCUGCCAAGCCCAAGGUUAAGAUAGAAAAAGCAAGAAAGGCUGAUAAACAGAAUGCAGUUGAGGAUGAUGAAGAUGACGGCGACGAUGAGUCUGAAGAAGAUGAGGAUGAGUCUGAGGAAGUAUCUGAUGAUGAUGAUGAGGACAUGGCUGGAGCAGAGGAUGACAGUGAUGAUGAAGAUGAGGACGCAAACUCUGAUGAGGAAGAUGAAGCUACUCCCAAGAAGACUGAAAGUGGCAAGAAGAGACCGGCAGGUUCUGCUUCAAAGACGCCUGCUCCAGAGAAGAAGGCAAAGUUAGUAUCCCCAGUUGGAAGCCAGAAAACAGGUGGUGAUGGCAAGAAAGGUGGCCAUGCUGCGACCCCCCACCCUGCCAAAUAUGCUGGGAGGACACCUGCAGGCAGUGACAAGUCUAAGCAGCAAACCCCCAAAUCUGCCGGCUCAGUCAGGUGCAAGUCAUGCAGCAAAACUUUUAACAGUGAGAAUGCUCUUCAAGCUCAUACAAAAGCCAAGCAUGGCGCUGCCAAGUGAUCUGUGCAAAUAUAGAUCGUGGAAAAGGUAUCUAAGGGAGGAGAUGGCAGCAGAUGCUAAACAUGGUUGGUACUUGGAUGUGCCUGUGGAAGUGGUUACCUACUUGGAUGUCAUCAUUUGGUUUUUUGGGUAUUUCAAUUUUCUGCAUUUUAUUUUUAGAAUAGGAGCCGGUCUCCCGAUGCAGUACCUUGAGUAGACCUUGAUUAUAAUGCUUUUUGGGAGGAUCAGAUUUUUCUAGUUUAGUAUGUAUGAGUACAUGAUUGUUCUGGAAUAAGAUAAGGAUGUCUGGCAUCUUUUAAAGUAUUGUUUAGUAAA